AUGGUCCAGAAGACAGGACGGUAUAAUCGAGGUACUGAAACCACCAUAACGGAGUACCCCUUGCAGCUGUCUCUCCUCCUCGAAGGGUCCCACAGGUGCGGAGCUUCCAUCGUCAGCUCCAACUGGGCGUUGACGGCUGCCCACUGCAUCGACUGUGCCCCAGCAUCUCUGUUGACCGUGCGUGCCGGCUCCUCGUACAGAAACAGUGGUGGGACUGUGCUCGAUGUAGCACAGGCUAUCAAAAACAAAUUGUUCUACAGCCCGGUUGGCGACUAUGACAUUGCGAUGGUGCAGCCCGCUGAGACAUUCCCGCUGGGGUCUGAUGUGCAGCCCGUGGGCCUUCCAGACGCCGGAUAUGAUCCUCCAACGGGCCUGGCCGUUACUGUGACGGGCUGGGGACUGAUAGGGACCGGUGGAAGCUAUGCAAACACACUGCUGAAGGUGGACAUUAAUAUUGUCGAUCGCUCUACUUGCCAGGAAAACAUGGGUAGCCUCAUAACGAAGCGGAUGGUGUGCGCCGGUGAGGCAGGCAAGUCUGUCUGCAACGGGGACUCGGGAGGUCCACUCGUCAGUGGUACCACACAGCCCGUGGGCCUUCCAGAUGCCGGAUAUGGUCUUCCGAGGGGCCUGGCCGUUACUGUGACGGGCUGGAGAACGACAGCGUCCGGUGGAACUCCUGCAUCCGCACUGCUGAAGGUGGACAUUAGCAUUGUCGAUCGCUCUACUUGCCAAGAAAACUUCAGUAGCCUCGUAACGAAGCGGAUGGUGUGCGCCGGUGAGGCAGUCAUCUUCGAGGGUUCCCUCAGAUGCGGCGCUUCCAUCAUCAGCUCCAACUGGGCACUGACGGCCGCCCACUGCAUCGACGGCCUCUCAGCGUCAAUGCUGACCGUGCGUGCUGGCUCCUCGUACAGAAACAGUGGCGGAACUGUGCUCGAUGUUGCACAGGCCAUCAAAAACAAACUGUACUAUGCAAUUAACGUUGACUACGACAUUGCAGUGCUGCAGCCUGCUGAGCCCUUCCCGCUGGGGUCAGACGUGCAGCCAGUGAGCCUUCCAGAGGCUGGAUACGACCCUCCGAGUGGCCUUGCAGUUACUGUGACGGGCUGGGGACGGAUAGCCAGCGGUGGCAGCGCCCCGACAGUCCUGCAGAAGGUGGACAUUAAUGUCAUUGACCGCACUACUUGCCAGGAUAUCUUCUUAGGCGUCAACAUGGUCACGAAGCGGAUGGUGUGCGCCGGUGAAGCAGGCAAGUCCACCUGCGAUGGGGACUCUGGCGGUCCGCUCGUCAGUGGUUCGACGCAGAUCGGCAUCGUGUCCUGGGGAAAUACUCCUUGCCAGGAGAGCGGCGCCGUGUUCACAAACGUCGGCGAACUUCGCUCUUGGGUUACCAACACUACCGGAGUGUAA